AUGUGCGAGGGCCGAUCGAGGAUUCAGCAGAACGAUUUGCUUCUCCACGAGGCUGUGAUCAAGAACGAAUUAUCCGCAGUCCGCGAAGCACUAGAACGCCCGACAGAUGUCAACUGUCGAAAUAACUACGGGCGGGCCCCAAUACACUGGGCGGCAAGCAGGGGUAAUGUGGAGAUAAUUAAAUUAUUGAUCGACGCAAAAUGCGAUAUUGAAGCGGUUGAUAAGUUUGGAAUGCGACCACUCUUAAUGGCAGCGUGGCAUGGUCACCUACAUGCGGUGCAAAUGCUGGUUAAAGCUGGUGCCUGUCUGGCCGCUACAAAUAAGAAACAGAAUGACCUACUUCAAUGCGCGUGCGCAAGAGGUUCCUACGAUGUUGCCACAUAUGCAAUAUCAAUUGGCUCCAAAGUGCAAACUGCUGAUAUGGCGGGGGACGCACCACUCGCUUUGGCGACACGAUCUGGCCACACUGGCGCAGGUAGAACAGCUCUUCACGUGGCAAGCGAAGCAGGCCACUGCGACACUGCUGCUCUCCUGUUAGCGAAAGGGGCUUCUCGGGAGGCUCGUGACAACUCAGGCAGAACUCCACUGCAUAUAGCCGCUGUACAUCGACAUACUGAACUGGUGCUAAUUCUGCUGAAGAACAAAUGCAAUGUUGAUUCGGUUGAUAAUAACGGUGUAACUGCUCUUCAAAUGGCCUGCGCUCAAGGUUGCCGAGGUAUAGUGGAACAUCUCCUGGCACAUGGAGCUGAUGUGCAUUUGCAAAAUAACGUAGGGUCAUCAGCAUUACAUGCAGCAUGUGCAGCGGAUGCAACAGAAAUAGUAGAAUUGCUGCUAGCACACGGUGCUGACCCAGCUCUUCCGGAUCAGUGGUCGCAGUCACCUUUAAGCGUGGCGGGCGGUGCUGCCGACUCACCUCCUGAGGGCUUCCGACGAGCUGCUCGAGGAUCCUUCUCAGCUAUACUGGACCUUUUAACAGCCACGGCAAAUCUUGACCAUCAUCAGGAACAUUCUGACGGAUCAUCCAGUCCAAGAGUCGAAGAGAAGUCAGGUGGUCGCUCUCCCGGGCCGGAACGUGAUGGUCGGCUUCAACUCUGCUGGAUCGGCUCGCACAGCGUGGUUUCGCCGCCGACACAAGGCUGGCGCUGCCACCUACAGGCUGCGCCCGCUACAGAGAACUCUGCUACCGAGCUGCUCAAGCACAUUUAUCCUACGAGAGCCCUCCAGGACCCUGCGACUGCACUAACUGUGUUGCGAGGAGACAUUCUGAAUCAACUUGAAUAUUGUAAUAUAGAAGUCAACUAUAGUUUUGUCGCUUAA